AUGAUCGAUAGUCUUACUCAACGCAAACCUGCCAAAGUUCAAAGCCUGGAUCUUCUGAAACUAACUUUAUCCCCCCAGGAAUCUGUUGACACUGUUAACAGCUACUUUGCUACGGUAGGGCAACAGUUAGCAGAAGGAAAUAUUAAAAACACAACACAACAAGCUACUAAUACUAAUAUCAUAACAAAUACUCAAGUUAUAUCUUUUGUUAUUUUUGACACCGACCGUGAAGAGAUAUAUAGUCUGCUCAUGUCCAUGAAAUCAGACAGUGCCCCUGGUUAUGACAAUAUACCAGCUCAUUUUCUAAAAAGUGCCCAUAAAGAGAUUAUACCAAUUCUUGUUCACCUAGCUAACCUUUGUUCUGAACAAGGCGUCUUCCCGUUAGCUCUUAAACAGACUAUUAUCACACCUGUAUAUAAAAGUGGUGACAAGUUUAAUCCUUCAAACUAUAGGCCGGUAUCGGUGAUAUCUGUAAUAGCAAAGAUACUUGAGAAAUUAAUAAACAUUAGAUUAAUAAAGUUCUUUUCAAAAUUUAAUAUACUUUCAACAUCACAAUUCGGCUUCCGUCAGAAUCUAUCUACGGAAGACGCAAUUAUAGCACUGACUUCCCGUACGGUAAACCAUGUUGAUUACGGAAGAAAAUGUCUAGCUGUCUUCUUAGAUUUAAAAAAGGCCUUCGACACAGUUUCCGUCCCUAUUCUACUACAAAACCUUAACAAUCAUGGUGUUAGAGGUAUUCCGCUAAAACUUCUUGGUGACUAUCUCAGCAAUCGUAAAACUCGUGUCAAAAUCGGCUCAAUAACUAGUUCUGAGGCUACUGUCACAUAUGGUGUCCCGCAGGGCAGUGUGUUGGGUCCCACUUUGUUCUUGGUCUACAUCAAUAGUUUGUGUAAUAUGCAGAUAGAGGGUGGUGACAUCUUCUCAUAUGCGGACGAUACAGCUAUUGUUUUCUCUGCUAAUGAUUGGCAGCAACUUAAAAAUCGUGUGGAGACUGGCUUAGUAAAAUUAGGAUCCUGGUUAAACAAAAACCUACUCACUUUAAAUUUACUUAAAACUAACUAUAUAUGUUUUACCAAAUACAACAACGCGCAGCGCCCAGAUUACUUUAAUAUUAAGCUACAUUAUUGCAAUAAUCAUCUCGGAUUGCUCUUGUCUUGA